AUGAAGAACUUUGGCGCGAUCCUUUUCCUCUUGGCCUCAGCCGGCUCUUUCGUAACCGGUACACCAGCAUUCAGAAGUGAGAGGCGAGCUGUUUCGGCUGAACCUGCCAGCAUUGCGGCUCGGGCACUGGAACUUGCACCCAGAGUUGCGAUCGGAAGUAGGUCAAAUGACACGGAGAAUGCGACUAGGUCAUUAGUGAUCCCAAGGGGUGUGAAUUCUACAGAGAAUGCGGCCGGCUCUUUAGUUACCCGCAGGAAUGGAAACUUCUCCGAGGCUGCAAACGAGAAACGGUCUCCUGGUCUUCACCUGCGACGAGGAAACCUCAGAAUGAGGUCCUCAUUGAACGAGACUGAUGUCUAG